AUGGCUAAGAAAGUGUUGAUCCUCAUCGCAGAUGGUACGGAGGAGAUGGAGUUCACCAUCGCAUACGACACCCUCGUCCGCGCCGGGAUUGAGUGCACGUCCGCCCUCGUCUCCGCUUCUUCGUCCGCGACGCAUGCGACGUGCUCCAGAGGAGUCAAGAUCGUUCCUGACACGAUCUUCAACCCGUCCGAGUCUGGUCCCGAAAAGUACGAUGCGCUGAUCGUCCCAGGCGGCGCGCAGGGAGCCAAGACGAUAUCCGAGACGGCGGCGGUGCAGGAGCUAGUGAGGGCGUACCACGAGAAGCCGGGCAGAAUAGUCGGCAGCUUGGCCGCGCUGACAUCUGCCGAUGGAGGCGACACCAUCGGCGAGCAGGAGCUUACCUCGCACCCCUCUAUCAAGGACCAACUUAAGGAGAAGUUCGCGUAUUCGGACGAGCCUGUUGUCGUCUCGAAGUCCGGAAAACUCAUCACAAGCCGUGGCCCAGGUACUGCGUUCCCAUUCGCAUUCAAGCUUGUCGAGUUGCUCGCCGGCGCAGGCAAGCGUGAUGAGACUAUUGGACCCAUGGUUUUCCCCGCAGGCACACCACUAAAGUUUUGA